AUGAUACUCACACAAAUGAAUAACUUCUACAUGAGCAGUCUUGGGCUUCUCUUCCUGAUCAAUAUUUUCCCAGAAACAACUGGUCAAAGUGAAUCAAGACGACAAGAACCUGGGGACUUUGUGAAGCAGGAUAUUGGCGGCUUUGGUAUUUUAGAUUCUGCUGUAAUUUUCAGUGCUGCACUGUGUACCUAUACAGAGGAUGCUCUUGAAAACAAGAUAGAUGCUGUGACUGAAGUCAAGACUGACAUCUAUGUGACCAGUUUUGGCCCUGUGUCAGACACUGAUAUGGAGUACACCAUUGAUGUUUUCUUUCGACAGACCUGGCAUGAUGAAAGACUAAAAUUUGAUGGACCCAUGAAGAUCCUACCACUCAACAAUCUCCUGGCUAGUAAGAUCUGGACUCCUGAUACCUUCUUCCACAAUGGAAAGAAAUCAGUUGCCCAUAAUAUGACCACACCUAACAAGCUGCUCAGACUGGUGGACAAUGGGACCCUCCUGUACACAAUGAGGUUAACAAUUCAUGCGGAAUGCCCCAUGCAUUUGGAAGAUUUCCCCAUGGAUGUACAUGCCUGCCCACUGAAGUUUGGAAGCUAUGCCUAUACAACAGCUGAGGUGGUUUAUUCUUGGACUCUUGGGAAGAACAAAUCUGUGGAAGUGGCACAGGAUGGCUCUCGCCUGAACCAAUAUGACCUGCUGGGCCACGUUGUUGGGACAGAGAUAAUCCGGUCUAGUACAGGAGAAUAUGUCGUCAUGACAACCCACUUCCAUCUCAAGCGAAAAAUUGGUUACUUUGUGAUCCAGACUUACCUGCCAUGUAUCAUGACUGUCAUUCUGUCACAGGUGUCUUUUUGGCUCAACAGAGAGUCUGUCCCUGCUCGCACAGUCUUUGGUGUUACCACUGUACUCACCAUGACCACCUUGAGUAUCAGUGCUAGAAACUCCUUACCUAAAGUGGCAUACGCGACGGCCAUGGAUUGGUUCAUAGCCGUCUGUUAUGCCUUUGUAUUUUCUGCGCUGAUUGAAUUUGCCACUGUCAACUAUUUCACCAAGCGAAGUUGGGCUUGGGAAGGCAAGAAGGUGCCAGAGGCUCUGGAUACUAAGAAGAAAACACCAGCAGCCCCAACAAAGAAAAGCAGCACCACCUUCAACAUCGUGGGUACCACCUAUCCUAUCAACCUGGCCAAGGAUACUGAGUUUUCUACUAUCUCCAAGGCUGCUGCUACCAGUGCCUCCUCAACCCCAACAAUCAUUGCUUCACCCAAGGCCACCUAUGUACCAGAAACCCCCACUGAGACCAAGACCUACAACAGUGUCAGCAAGGUUGACAAAAUUUCCCGCAUUAUCUUUCCUGUGCUCUUUGCCAUAUUUAAUCUGGUCUAUUGGGCCACAUAUGUCAACCGGGAGUCAGCUAUUAAGGGCAUGAUCCGCAAACAGUAG